AGUUCUGGGCAGGCUCUCAGCAGUUCAUGGCUGUGCGAUGCGGGGUGAGGGGCAGAGAGGCUCAGAGGCAGCCGGGCCUGGUGCCUCGCGCUGGUGGCCAUUGAUCUGCAGGUCACAUCUAGUUUGGGAGAUAGGUAUGUAGUAUAUAGUAUAUAACCAUGGAUGAGCAACCAUUCUCCUGUUCCUGUCCUUCCUUCCACUUGCAUCCACCUUGAAAAUUUGUUGCUUCUUGGCUGCUCCUCUGCUGCCAACCACCUAACCGCUACCCUCUACGAAUCCAUUUCUUGUUUGCCAGAGCCAACAAAGAUCUCGCGCAUUUGCAAACAAGGACAAAUGUCUUACUCAGGAUACCCUCCGUACGGCCAACCCCCUCCGCAACAAGGGGGGUACUACCAGCAACCACCGCCCGGCCAGCAAUACGGCGCUCCUCCUCCUCAAGGCCAGUACUAUCAACAGCCCCCUCCCCAGGGCUACGGACAGCCUCCCCCGCCUCAACCAUAUGGUGCCCCCUCGCCCCAGCCAUAUGGCGCGUCAUCACCACAACCAUACGGCGCUCCCCCACCCGCCCAGCCAUACGGUGCUCCUCCACCUGCCCAACCGUACGGCGCUCCUCCCCCGGGCCAACCGUACGGCGCUCCUCCUCCGCAACCGUACGGCGCGCCCUCCCCGGCUCACCAAUACCCUGCUCAAGGUGCUUAUGGCGCUCCUCCUCCCCAGCAAGGAUACGGUCAACCCCCACCACCUCAAGGCGCUUACGGUCAACCUCCUGCCCAGUACACACCGUACGGCCACCAAUAUCCCCCGACACCUGCCUCGCCAGGCUAUGGCCCCCCUCAAAUCAUCGCUUGGAGCCCCGAUGCCGACGCUCAGGGCUUGCGGGCCGCCAUGAAGGGCUUUGGCACAGAUGAAAGAGCUCUAAUCCGCAUCCUCGCCAACAAGGAUCCCCACCAGAUCCGCACCCUCCGCGACGCCUACAGCCGAAUCCACCGUCGCGAUCUCGAAAAGGACAUCAAGAGUGAAGUUUCCGGUUGGUUCGAGACGGGCCUCAUCUCCAUCGUCCGCGGCCCUCUCCUUCACGAUGUCCACCUUUUGCGCGAUGCCAUGGCUGGUAUUGGCACAAAGGAGGCGGUUCUGAACGAUGUCUUGCUUGGCAGGUCAAACGCCGAUAUGAACGCCAUCAAGAGUGAAUAUCACCGCGUGUUUAGAAGGCGUCUUGAGGAUGAUGUCAAGGGUGAUUUGAGCAUGAAGACGGAGAGGCAUUUCAUGAUUGUGCUGGGGGCGACGAGGGCGGAGGACUCGGCGCCGGUGGUGAAGAUGGAGAUUGAUAGGGACGUGAAUGAUCUUUACAAUGCGACCGAGGGCAAGGUCGGGACGGAUGAGAUGAAGGUGUGCAGUAUUUUGAGCACGAGGAACGACAACCAGAUUCGGGCUAUUGCGUAUGAGUACCAGCAGAAGUAUGCCAGGAGUUUGGAGGAUGUUAUUCGCAGGGAAUUCUCUGGACACAUGGAAGAUGCUCUUCUUUUCCAGCUUCGGCAGGGACUCGACAAGUACAUGCAUCAUGCUGCGCUCCUCGAGGAUGCUAUGGCUGGCGCUGGGACCAAGGACCACCUUUUGACCAGCCGCAUUAUCAGAUAUCACUGGGACCGCACUCACAUGCAGAACGUGCGCGGUGCCUACGAGAAGAGAUAUCACAGAAGUCUCGUCAGCAGAGUCAGAGGUGAAACCAGUGGUGAUUAUGAGAGGCUGUUGCUCGCCUGUCUUGGCGAGGCUGUUUAAGCGUAGUCGGGCGGUUUACUUAUUUUCUAGCCAGACAUGUAAUGAUACCAAUUUGUUAUUUUAU